GUCUCGACGCUCUCUCCCGUCUCCAAUGGUAACAGAUUCAUCUAACUGAUCAAUGGCGCCCUCUAGCAGGCCUCCUUGCUCCACUAUCAACUCCUUGCGUCUGGGUUCACUAACGGGACAGCAUAGCAGCAGACAGACGAAAAGCUGCGAGGUUUUGUCAUUUUAAGUAAUACAAAGAGCGGCUUCUCCUUCAGUCUCACACUCAGGUUUUUUUUUUGUGUGUGUGCGGCCCUCAUGGCGAUUGCCUCCGUGGCCACAGAGUACGUGUUUUCGGACUUUUUGUUAAAGGAUGCCAAGGAGCCGAAGUACAAAGGGGUCCGUCUGGAGCUGGCCUUGGAUAAAAUAGUGACAAUUCUGGCGGUGGGGCUGCCUUUGUUUCUCAUCUCGCUCGCCUUUGCGCAGGAGGUCUCUGUAGGGACUCAGAUCACCUGUUUUACUCCCUUCAACUUCUCCAUGAAACAAGCUGUAUAUGUGGACUCUUUUUGUUGGGCUGCAGUUCAGUACCAGGCCGACAAUUCCCCACUUUGGCUCCACAAGUUCUUUCCUUACAUCCUUCUGCUCAUCGCCAUCCUCAUGUCGGUCCCCGCCGCACUCUGGCGUUUCACCGGAGUGCCAUACCUCUCGUCUGACCUCAACUUCAUCAUGGAGGAGCUGGAUCGAUUUUACAACCACGCCAUUAAACUGGCCAAAAAUUUGGCAACUUUGGACGACAGGGACGCAGAGCAGGACAGCCAGAGUGCCUUGGAUCUGGCUGAGGGCUGCUUCAAAUACCCUCUAGUGGAGCAGUAUCUAAAGACCAAGGGGUUCUCCUGCGGCCUCGUGGUCAAGUACAUGGUCUGUCAAUGCCUGACUCUGCUCGUCCUCUUGCUUUCCUGCGUUUACCUCUGCUACUACAUCUUUCUGGCUUCGCUCGUCGACGAGUUCCCCUGCGACGUGCGCACGGGAAUGCUAAAGAACGACAGCGCGAUACCGGCCGCCGUUCAGUGCAAGAUGGUGGCGGUGGGUGUCUUCAGGCUGCUCAGCUACAUCAACCUGGGCGUGUACUUGCUCCUCACUCCUCUGGUGGUGCUGGCGGCUCUGGGGCCGGCGCGACAGAGCUCCAGCUUCCUGCAGGCCUAUGAGAUGCUGCCUGGGUUCGGUGCUCUCAGCAAAUUUAAACCCAUCUACAACGACCUCAGCAUCUACCUGCUCUUCCUGAAGGAGAACCUGAGUGAACUCAAGUCCUUUAAGUGCUUACAGGUGCUGGAGUUGUUGCAGCAGUCUGCUGAGGAGGGGUUUGACACAAUGUGCGUGCUGCAAACUCUGAGCCAGGUGAAAACUGAUGUGUUUGACAGUCAGAAGAUGGGCUCCAUUACGAACAUCUGUGAGAUGGAUAAGCCUAAAAAUUAAUUAGACCGAUUAAGCUCAUACAGUUUCUGAAGAAGAAGAGGUGAAGAAGAGGAAAUCUGAGAGGAGAAUAUGUGCAUUAUUUUCACCUAAAAUGCUGGAUGUGUAGAUUUAGAUCCACACAACAAGGACAGUUCCUGGACAGUUUGACCUAAAUAAGGUUUAGUUGUUCCAAGGAAAGCUACGUUGGGUUUGGCUCAGGGCCUGUGGUUUGCCAGUGAAUGUCCCGUCGAUGCUUUGACAAGAAUACAAAAGUUUCGUCUUUAAUCCAAGAUUGCUUUCGAUGGAGAAAGCCUUAAGCAAAGACACAAUUUCAGGUGCAAGGACCAACAUGCACUCUUAACAGGAAUAACUGUUAAUUUUGGAGAAAUUUAGCUGCACUUUUUGCAUGUUUAUUUAUGUCUGAAUGGCUUUUAAAACCCUUGUACUCAAGCUAUCCUAUAAAAUGUGCAAGACCUGCAUGGACGGCUUAGCUUAAACGUGGUUUAGGAAGAGCAAUUACUGUAUUUAGAGAAGUGUUGGUCGUGUAAGAAAAGGGAAACAACAGUAAAGUGAGAUCGAUAACUCAAGGCUACGGUCAAGAUGACUGAAUUUUCUUCAAGAUGAUAAAAGGACAGAUUAGAACAUUCUUGGACUUGAGCAGCUCUUAUGUGAGAACGCUGUCGUAAAUUAGAUCCUAGUCAACUUUUUACUAACAUUUCUGGGUAAAAUAAAAGUACUUAUUACAAGAAAUAACAGCA